GUGGAGGCAUCACCACAGGGCAUAGUGAGCAUGGACCCCUCGUCGUUCCUGGCCUCAGAUGACGGGACCCGAUACUCCCUCACUGCCACCCUGCCACCCGCCUCCACCAGGUUUGACUCGUAUGCUGUUAUUAGGAUAGACCGCGCCCCUCUGGAAGCCACUCUCUCGUGCGACACACCCUUCGCAGUGGUCAAGUUCUUCACGCAGCUCAGAGCCACGCCACGGGUCAGCCAGUCGCCCGUGACGUGCCGGGUGCUCUUCUCCAAGCGCGUCUCUUCCCUCUCCUCCGCAUCCCUCGCUGUCGUCAACGCCACCACCAGCGACCCCCAGCCUGUCACUGACCUUGAGUACCAAUUCCAGGUGUGGCCGACGGGCGAGGGGUCAGUGGUGGUGGACAUACGGCAUGACAAUGUCACUGAUGCUGCCGGCAACACGUGCCAGCCCACACAGCCCUUCUUCUUCUUCUUUGACACCACGGCACCGUCAGUGCAGCUGAGUGUGAGUGAGAGUAGCGCCACCACGGACUGGGUCUACCCCAUCCUCGUCGCCUUCUCAGAGCCCGUGCUGGGCUUUAACACCUCCUCCAUCCAGCUCUCCAAUGGAGUCAUUACAUGCUGGACAGGGGUUGACAAGGGUUUGGGGCGGUACUACGAGGUGACGGUGGCGGCAGUGAGCGAUGGCGAUGUGACAAUAGUGGUGCCGGCAGCAACUGUGGUGGACAUUGCAGGCAACCCCAACUCGCCCUCCAACACCCUCUCCCUCGCUCACUCACUCUCCCUCCCUCACUCACUGUGGGGUAGCACUCUCCCUCCCUCACUCACUGUGGGCACUCUCCCUCCCUCACUCACUGUGGGGUCGCACUCUCCUUCCCUCACUCACUGUGGGGUAGCACUCUCCCUCCCUCACUCACUGUGGGGUAUCACUCUCCCUCCCUCACUCACUCACUCUCCUUCCCUCACUCACUAUGGGGUAGCACUCUCCCUCCCUCACUCACUGUGGGGUAGCAAUCUCCCUCCCUCACUCACUCAUUCUCCCUCCCUCACUCACUGUGGGGUAGCACUCUCCCUCCCUCACUCACUGUGGGGUAACACUCUCCCUCCCUCACUCACUGUGGGCACUCUCCCUCCCUCACUCACUGUGGGGUAUCACUCUCCCUCCCUCACUCACUGUGGGGUAGCACUCUCCCUCCCUCACUCACGGUGGGGUAGCACUCUCCCUCCCUCACUCACUCAAUCUCCCUCCCUCACUCACUGUGGGGUAGCACUCUCCCUCCCUCACUCACUGUGGGGUAGCACUCUCCCUCCCUCACUCACUCACUCUCCCUCCCUCACUCACUGUGGGGUAGCACUCUCCCUCCCUCACUCACUGUGGGGUAGCACUCUCCUUCCUUUACUCACUUACUCUCCUUCCCUCACUCACUGUGGGGUAGCACUCUCCCUCCCUCACUCACUGUGGGGUAACACUCUCCCUCCCUCACUCACUGUGGGGUCGCACUCUCCCUCCCUCACUCACUGUGGGGUAGCACUCUCCCUCCCUCACUCACUGUGGGGUAGCACUCUCCCUCCCUCACUCACUGUGGGGAUAGCACACCGCUGCUCUCUCCCCGUCCCAAUGCACCGCCCUUGUGGGACGGCUCUCCCUUCUCCUUCCCCUCUCUCCUCUCUCUCCCAUACAGACGCGCCAGGAGAUGCGGGCGCGAUAACGGCGUGGGUGGUGACGGCAGUGGUGGGGUGGACGGCGCUGUCCACAGCAGCGGUGUCGCUGGCCGUCACCAUCAAGGAGUCCGACCCCACGUCCUCGCCGGGCAUCCGCAUCGUCUCCAACCGCCCCUUCCGUGCCGUCAGCACGCCCGUCGUGGGCGCGGAUCCCUCUCGAAACGUUCUCCGCAUGGCUCUGCACCUGCAAGUGUUCGCACUGACGCAGCACCUGGCAGUGCGCGUGCUGCCGCUGUUCUACCGCCAGCUCACAGGCGGGCUGCGCUGGACCUACUUCUACAUCCCCGCGCCCUUCAAGGGCUCCUUUGAUGGCUGGAAGGGCGUCUACUCCUCUCCCACUGACGCCCCCGGCCAGGACAGCAGCACCCCCCCGCCCUCCUGUGCUCCGCACUAUCUCGCCACCAAGACGGACAGCUCUGCAUCCUCCUCCUCCAACCCCCCUCAACCACGAUCAACUCCUCUGUUCUGCCUGCUGUCCCAUUCACGGCAACUAACCAAGUCACAUGUGCACAUGCAGCAUGCCAUGUCGCAUCCAAGCCUGACGCACGGUCGCAGUUUGGGGUCGUCUCGAGCCCUCCCCUUCCACCCAAUCCCCUUCUCGCCCCCACCCACCUUCCACCUACGAGGCAUGCCCUUGACCGCCCCCUCUCUCCCCUCCUCCUUCCCCUCCUCCCUUCACUCCGCCUUCCCAUAUACUCUCUUCCCAUUGUCCCUAUCGUCUCGUGCGCCCUCCCACUAUCAUCGCAUGCUUCAAGAAACUACCGCCAGCACCACCAGCAACAGCAGCGCAAGCGGUUACAGUGGCUUCAAUGCGACUGCUCUUAUAGCCCUGGCAGUUGCAGGGGGUGGGACAGGGGGAGACGCAGCAGCAGCAAUAGCAGUAGCGAGGGGGUUCGACCCCACGCUGCUGCCGCGGCUGAGCGAGGAGGAGUAUGAGUACAUGCAGGCGUGGGGCAAUGCUUACUACUCGCACUUCCCCAACCUCUUCUACUCCUACCAUGGCUUUGAGCAGUUCUGCACGGUGCUAUUCUGGUUCGCACUCUUCUUCUUCGCCCUCUCGCUGCUGCAGCUGCUCUUCCAGUGGGCGUGGCAGCACUGGCGCUACCAGUGGCUCUACGGCCUCCUCGACCCGCCGCGCCUGCAGUUCCUCCUGCUCGCGCUCUCCCUGGCGGGCAUCUCCUGGGGCUGCACGCUGCUCAUCAGGGGCAGCAUGGAGCCGGGCGGCACGGCGGCAGGGCUGGCAACGGGGGUCAUCGUGCUGUGCCUCUGGCCCGUGCUGUUUCUCAUCUUCUCCUUCUCAGUCGUCUGGUACAUCGUUGUUCAGGAGCAAUUCGCGCGCUUCUUCGUGCGCGAGAUGACGGAGCCGCGCAACGAGGCGUGCAUCGCAUCGUUCGCGCGCGCCUUCUGGGCCGCGCUGCGCCAGAAGCGACUCAAAGGCCACUGGGUCACCAUCACGCCCUCCCAGAAACACAUCCUUCCGAGAUUCGGAAUAUUCUUUGAAGACUUCACAGUGUGGGGAUCUGUGGGCGCCUGGGGGGUGCUCAAAGACCGGCUGAGGGCUGCCUAUGGCACUCUGGACUUUCUUAAAAUGGUGCUGGUGGGAGCGCUGGUGGGAGCAUGGAGCCCGGCAGGCAAUGCUGUGGCGCAGCAGGCAUGCCUGCUCACCCUCGCACUGCUGCAUCUGCUCUUCCUGCUCUUCCUUCAGCCGUUCACAGAGCGAGGCCUACAGGUGGUGGAGGCGGUGAGCUCGGGCGCGGAGGUGGUGCUGUUCGCAUGUGCACUGGCCAUGGCCAUCGACUGGGACAUGCCUUCCAGCUUCGCUGGCACUCUCGGGCUCGUCAUGGCACUCGCGGUCGGCCUCGCCUUCAUCGGCCAGCUCUUCAACCACUGGGUGGCACUAGGCCAACAAAUCAACCGCAUGCUCAACCCACCUGACGACGAGAGAAGCCCGUCUCACCGAUCGGACGGGGACGAUUUCUCGGAUAACGACGACGAUGACCUGGACGACGACGACAAUGACGAGGAUUUCGAUGACGAGGAUGACGGGAACGGUGACGACGACGAGGAUGAUGAUGACGACGAUGAUUACGAUGAUGAUGAGGAGGAUGAUGACGAGGGGGAUACAAGCAUGGAUGAAGCGGAAAGAAUACGGCAACAGCAACAACAGCAACAGCAGCAGUAG